AUACUGGUAAAUUUGUAGUCCUGAUUUCAAUGAUGGAAUUGCUAGUUUCUACGGAGGAAGCUCACAUUUCAGCUAUUGGCGAUCCUGGCAUGAGGAUGGAUGAUCUUAGAUUGGCAAUUGAGGCAUGGAAUCAGUGCAACGAGGUUGGUGAAGAAGCUCCGAGGAUGGGAAGUCCUAGGAAAGCAGAUUGCUUUGAUGUCAAUUAUUCUACAUCACCAAUCAGCUUAGUUCACAAGGUAGGCGAGAAAGACAAUGCACUUGGUGUAUCGAGUGCCCCUUCGCAAGGGAUCGGGGAACUAGAUGUCAAUCAAUAUGCAGCAUGGAAGGAGCUAUAUUUAGGCAGCAUAUGUCAAGUGCAAGACAAAUCAAAACCUUGGCAGUUCUGGAAAAUAAUGCUGAAAAAUGGCAACAUGGAUACUCUGGCUGCAAUUUGCCCUGUCAAUGGCAAGAAAGCCAGUCCUUUUCGAAAGUCUGUCUUUCCAUGCUUCGGAAAAGGUUGCAUGAACAUGCCAUCAAUGUACCAUAACUACACCAGUGUUCAAGGAUACCAAGGUUCUCAUACACUAAGGGGAAGCUUUUAUGGAACAUGGGAUCUGAAUUGUGAUAUGAAUAAGACAACUAUACAAAAUGGCACUUCAUAUUAUGCAGUAACUUGGGAGAAGGUAGUGGGAAAAGCCAGUUGGAAUUUUCACCACGUACUCAAAACAUCACCAAAGUAUCCCUGGUUAAUGCUCUACCUUCGGGCAGACACUACAGAAGGGUUCUCUGGGGGAUACCACUAUGAAACCAGAGGAAUUUUACGAGUGAUUCCAAAAUCACCAUACUUCAAAGUCAAGUUGACACUAGAUGUAAGGCGAGGAGGGGGUAGAAGAAGUCAAUUCUAUCUUUUGGACAUCGGUGGCUGUUGGAAGAACAAUGGAAAGCCUUGCGAUGGAGAUGUGACAACUGAUGUCACUAGAUACAGCGAAAUGAUCCUAAAUCCUGAGGUAUACUCAUGGUGCAAUCCAAGUAGUCUAGGCUCUUGUCCUCUCUACCAUACUUUUCCCAAUGGCACUCGUGUACACCGCACAGACGAGAAAAAUUUCCCAUACAAGGCAUACCACCUAUAUUGCUCUCCAGGCAAUGCUAAGCAUCCAGGGGAGCCCCAUAGCUUUUGUGAUCCUUACAGUAAUCCACAGCCCCAAGAAAUUCUGCAGAUUUUGCCUCAUCCUGUUUGGAGUGAUUAUGGGUAUCCAACAGAGGCAGGUGAAGGUUGGAUUGGUUAUCCAAAAACUUGGGAACUUGAUGCUGGCAGAUUGUCACAGGCACUUUACUUCUAUCAGGAUCCUGGCUCCCCACCGGCAAAGAGAUAUUGGCCGUCGAUCAAUGUGGGCACAGAGAUUUUUGGGAGCGAGGAUGAAAUUGCAGAAUGGACAGUUAGCGACUUUGAUAUUGUCGUUCCAGAGGAACAAUAUUCCCGAGGAACACGGAUGUCAGUAAAAAAAUAUCUGGUCUGCUGUUUCCUCAUUUCUUAUCCAAUCAUUUAUCAAAUUUUCCGUACUUAAAAGUUUCUUGACCAAAAUACUAAAAAACUCCUGUGAUUUACCAAUAUUUAAUUGA